AUGACGAAAUUCCGAGGCUGUAUCGAUAUCCACUCUGGACAGGUCAAACAGAUUGUCGGAGGCACUCUGACGGACUCAGACGCUGAUCUCAAGACCAACUUUGUCGCUACCCAGCCUCCGGGAUACUUUGCCCAGUUGUACAAGGACAACAAUGUCGUGGGCACCCAUGUUAUCAAGCUGGGUCCUGGCUGCGACGAGGCUGCCGAGGAAGCCCUUGCUGGCUGGCCCGAUCAUCUUCAAAUUGGAGGAGGCAUCAACCACGACAAUGCCGAAAAGUGGAUCAAGCUGGGAGCUUCUCAUGUGAUUGUCACUUCUUUUCUGUUCCCCGACGCCAAGCUCGAUAUGAAGCGACUCACAGAUCUGGAGGCCAUUCUGGAGCCCUACGGCGGCAAGAAGCGCAUUGUGGUGGAUCUGUCGUGUCGACGAAAAGACGGCAAGUGGGUGGUGGCUAUGAACCGAUGGCAGACGCUCACAGACACAGAAGUCAACAAGGAGACGCUGGAGCAGCUGGCCAAGCACUGCGACGAGUUUCUGAUCCACGCUGCUGACGUGGAGGGUCUCUGUAACGGCAUUGAUGAGGAGCUGGUAACUAAGCUGGGAGAGUGGCUUGAGGAGGGUCAUUUGCCCCCUGUGACGUAUGCUGGCGGCGCCAAGAACAUUGAUGAUUUGGCCCUGGUGCAGAAACUGUCGCAUGGCAAGGUGGAUCUGACCUAUGGAAGUGCCCUCGACGUGUUUGGGGGAGACAAGGUCAAGUUCAGUGACUGUGUCGAGUGGAAUGAGAAGAUGCACAAGUAG